AGAGUUUACCGAGCGCUACAGUGCUGUGAGCGCAGGGCCUUCCCCCGUAUGCGCUUUCGCUCUGCGUAACUACGGAUGGUGUGUAAAUGGAGUCUGAGAAAUUUUCCACCUCACGUCUCGCGGAUUUCGCGAAGAAACUGGAUUUUAUAAACUGAGUCGCCAUUUCAAGUCGGCAGAAUGCCGGAUAAGGACACUGAUUUGCCUAGGAAUCUAGGGACAUUAUAGCCGCUAAGACUGGCUUAUUCGGAUUUACCCGAUCGGACUGUUUCUUUGAUCAAGUUGGGUCAUUGUGGAUGAUGGAUGGCCGAGACUUCGGACCCCCCAGAUCUGUGCACGUACCGCCGCCCCUUCUCUCGGGGCUGCCCAUGGAGUCACACCGGCUCAGCGCGGCGGCUGCGGCCGGCAGAGUGCCACCGUCUCCCGGUCAUCUGGGCGCGGGGCACCCGGCGGCUCUACACACUGGAAAAUAUCUCUCAUCGGCCAUGAACCUACAUUCUCACCACAGUGAUGCCUUCCCAGGUGCCUCUAGCCCAUUCCUCGGCGGAUACGUCAGCGCCUCCAGUGCUCACGGGUCGUCGGAUCCGGCCUUCCGAGCCCCAAACUCAGCCAGCCUGCAAAUGGCCCAGCUCUGGGCCUCUCACCCUCAUGAAGGUUUUCCUCACUUGCCAAGCAGUUUGUACCCCAGCCCUUACAUUCCCUUGGGCCACCUUGAGCAUCCACAGCUCAGCCAACAUGCACUCUUUGACUCACAAAAAGAGGGGUUUUACCUGCCAGUUUCAGUGCACUCCCAGUCUGCAAUGGCCAGGAGCCCAGUGGCUCACAUGCCCGGUUCCUUCUCCAGGGAAAAGGAGGCCCUGCCUCCUCACAAAAGCUCUAAAGACUCAAGUAGGGAUCUGGGAAAAGAGAAGCCCAGUAAGAGUGACCUCGGUCACUCCCUCCCAAGGAAGGAACGAGAACGGUCAAAAGAGGAGUCACGGCCCCACAGUGUGGUGGACCUCACCUUGGAUGUCAAGGCGGAAGACGAGCGUAGAGUGAGCAACUCUGAGAGGUCUGCGAAAACUGUGGAGCACGCUCUGCCUUUCUCUUACCAGCACUCGCCUGCUCUGAGCACCACGGACACUAAACCCAAACAGUCUCACCUGAGUUUACGAGGCAACUGCGGGACAAGCAGCAGCACACCAACCCGACACCCGAGUACAGAACAGGACAGGAGGGACAGUGACCGGGAUGACGAAACCAGCCGACCGUUGAGCCACCUUUCCUCCGACAAGCAGAAAAGAAGUGAUUCGGUUGCUACAUCAGCUGGCACUCUGCAUGUGUCGUAUGCCGGUCCCUCUUCCCUGCAGCCCAACCCAACCCAUCUCCCACCCAGGCUGUUGUCCUCUGGCACCUACCCUCCCCCUCACCACAUGCCGCCCAGCAUGUACCCGCUCUACUCUACAGCAAAAGAGCCAGGCAAAGAACACAGAGUGAUAGCUCCUACUUAUGUGCCUUCUGUCGAGGUUUACGACGAGCGAAAAGGGCCAAUUCAAAUUGCCUCCCAAGCUCGAGAUAAUAAAAAUGACAAGAGCAGGGAGAGGGACUCGCACAGAUCAGCCCUGCAGGUGGGGAAUGAGAGAACGCAUAUGGACCACGGUCAGUCCUCCAUUAGGAGCGAGUCUCCCCCUCACGGAGACAUUAAGAAAGACAUUUUACGAGAGGAAGGCUCGAUAAUUAGGUCAAAUGGUUUGGCCAUGAAAAAGCCCUUGCAUUUAGAAAUGUGCACAAAUAAAUCUGGAACCAGCCCAGAUGCCAGGGACUUAUCCAACACUACAUCAAAACACACGAUCAAAACAGGACUCGAGACCGAAUCCCGCAGCCAAGAGCGGGAUAGGGUUCAAAGGUCUGCCCAUCCGUUUUCUGGAAUGGAUUCAGCUACGCGCCAUUCGGAACCGCAUCUGUUGAAGGCCUUGGGUUCCGCCGAACCCAAAUGGAAGCCUUUCGAGAUGGGCAAUUAUGCUACCAGUCACAUCGCCGCAUUGGCGGCCCAACACACCCAUGGCACCCGAGGUGAAGAAGAGGGCAAGCGAAUGUACCUGGACACUACUGGCUUACAUAGACCGGUAGGCACCGGCGGAAGUCCCAAGGGCCACGGGGAGGUUUCGGCCAUGCAGAGCCUCAUCAAGUACAGCGGCAACUUCUCCAGCGAGUCUGGUUCCAGGCACGGAUCUGAUAGCCGUUGUCCGUUUGGAGGACUGGGCAGCAUGAAACUGGAGGCUGGUUAUCCCGGAGUGUCCAGAGUUCAGCACCUUCCGCCCCAGCAGUCUGGAAAGCAGUUGAAGAAGGAACCCGAGAGACCUGAGAGUGCUAAAUCCUUUGGCAGAGAUGGAAGCACUUCUCAGGGGGAAGCCGAGGUUCGGCAUCCACCGGUAGGCAUUGCGGUGGCUGUUGCCCGCCAGAGGAACAACAGCAGCAAGCCCAGCUCGGUAUCGGACAGGGACAGGCCGAUUCUUGGAGGAGCCAUCAAAGGCCCAAUCCACACAGGGGAAGAGCGAGGAGACGAGAGGACACGUCAUGGGCACGAGCGCCUGCUGUCGGGACGUGUGGAGCGUGAGCAGGAGAAAGUGUUAAGAGAGAAUAAAGAGUUGGCAGACUACACCCAGUUGCAUCCACCUAUGGUGCCAGCUAGCGGGCUGAACCCCAACCUGAUGGUGACUAGUGGACCGACUCUGGCUGGUGCGGGCCGCUGGCCUGCUGACCCCGCCUCCCACCUGGCCUCCCACCCGUGGCUACCCCGGCCAGGAGCCCCCUCCAUGUGGCUGUCUAGUUCUCCAUAUGGUCUGGGUCCCCCUUCCCUUCAUCAGGCGCUGCCUCCAGGAUAUUCUCCUGCCUUGACAGGCUCCAUCCCUCCACCUUACCAGUUUGCCCGAGAUCCACAAACUGGGCAGGUGGUUGUUAUUUCGACAGAGCAUCUGCCACACUAUGCUGAGAUGUUAGAGCGAGGCCCCCCGCUGUGGUCGGCCAUGUACCCGCCAGCAGGAAGCACUCUGCAGCAUGCCCAUCAGCUCCAGCUCCUCUCCCACCAGCAGGUCCUGCGCCAACAGGAGCUCUACAUGAUCCAGCACCAGACCGCACAGGUCAUGGAGCUGCAGAGGAAUGCACACUUAGUGGAGAGAUUAAAUGCAAGUCAAACGAGGACAGAUUUGGAGGAAAAGCCAGACAAGAGAGGAGCUGAAGGGGCCAAAUCCAGUCUCUUGGGCAUCCCCACUCCAGCCCUGCACUCACGCAAGCCUCCCCCACGCUCCCCGACCCCCUCCACCUCAUACAGAAAAGCCCUGAUACCACUGCCUGUCUCACCGCUGCCUUCACCUGUCACUGCACUGAAGUCUGCGGACAGACCCAAAGUGGAGAAGUCCCUCCCUCAACAGCCCUACUCCCAUCCGUCGUCUCCUGUCCCUCACUCAGUCAGCCCUGCUUCAGCAUCGCCCUCUUCUGCCUCCCCCAUCCAGACCAAAGAGGAGUCUGUGGAAGUGCCUGAGAAAGAGCCACUCAGUCUACAGAAGCAACCUUCUGCUCCCUUCCCAUCCAUUUACCGUGAAAUUCCUCCCGGCUACCCGUACCAAUCGAUAACGGCACCUUUCGGCAGCCAUUACCCCUACCUCCUCCAGCCGGCUGCUGCCGCAGAUGCUGACGGCCUGGCGCCAGAUGUACCGUUGCCGGCGGAGACCUCCGAACACUUGGCGACCGCCACAGAUGUCAAACCCCAGCACUUGUGUUCUCCAGUGGUUGUGGAGCCACUUCAGGCAUCCAGAGAGCCAGUGUCCAUGGAGGAGGGUGGCGCAGUGUUCAAAAAAGAGCCAAACCUGGAAGACAGCAAAGACGUCCUGAACCAGGAGAGCCUGAGGCUUGCACCCAUCACCACCCAAGACUCUAGCUCCCCCACAGAGGCUGAAGCCCACCCUAGAGACAAAGCCACACCAUCGCCAGAGGAGGAAUCAGAUGAGGAAGAUAGGGAGGCUGUCAAAAUCGAAGCUGCCGCCUCCAGCCAUCCAAGACUGUACAAAACAUCUAGGCUGGACUCUGAGAGAACCACCAGAGCAGAAACUGCAGAGGCCUCGAUUGGUCUGGUAGACCAAGUCUACAAAUCCUCAUCUAGUUACACGGACGCACACCAUGUGGUUUGUGACAUCCAACCAGCAAAACCGCCCUUAGAUCUCUCCGAUAGCCUGAACCCAGUAGACCUCAGAGAUCCUGUCCCGGAUGCUCCACACCUGGAGUCCAAACUUGACAAUCCUUUCCUGCCUAACAGCAGCCCUCCUCACCUUCAGCCCUCUUCCGCACCGGUGGCCAUCCUGCCUGAAGACCCCAUGGCAGGCAUGUUUGCCCUGGUCACAGCCAGCGAGCUUCCGCAGGCCGGAGCGGUGUCCAUCCUGGCAGAUACGUGUAGCUCUAGAUCUGAGCUCUGCGUGGGCAUCAGUCCCCUAGAGUCCACUGCUCUGGAAGGCAUGGCCCUGCUCAGCCAGAUGGUAGAGCUGGAGAUGCAGAGGCAACCCAGAGAUGACACACAGGCUGUAAUGCUCUGUGGACUGGAGAGUCUGCUGGAAGCUGGUAGACAGGUCCUCCUGGAGGCCAUUGAGUGUCAACCUCAGGUUAUCAUCCGCCUCCCUCGAGAGCUCAACCCUAAUAAGAAAUACAGCUGGAGACAGAAGAAAGAUGAACCUAUGUUCUCCAAAUCCUCUUUGGAGGGAAUGGACACCGUAGAAGUGGACUACCGUGUGAGACUCGCUGAGCUUCAGCAACAUUACAAAGAAAAGCAACGAGAGCUGGUCAAACUGCAGAGGCGGAGAGACAAAGAAGAUAAACGUCAGCAGCUGCAACAACAACAACAGAUCCAGCAGCAGGAGAAGAACAGAAGUUUAGUCCGCAGGGGCCCGGGACGUCCUCGAAAGAGGAAACAUGGCCUAUGCGCACUGUCUCCACCCUCCAGCAAGCUGGAUUCGAAGUGUGCGAAGUUGGGCAGAAGCGUGCUUUACUCAGAGGACUCUGAGAGCGGGGAGGUGCUGAGGAAGCGCUUUCGGGCCUCUAACCGAGAUGAGGAGGAAGAGAGUGCGUUGAGAUUGAAGAAGAAAAAAAAGAGCUGGAGCGAGCAGGAGGCAUCUUCAAGCUUCUCUCAUGAGACACCUAAAAUGGCUGUGAAGAAGAGCCGAGUGAGCGAGCAGGAGCAGUUGGCAUCCAAACUCGACAAGGCCUUGUCACUCACUAAGCUCAGUAAACUCAGCAAGCCCUCUUGUAAGUUCAUAGACUGUUCCUCUGGGAAGUCCAGGGCUAGUUCUGGAAGCAGAGUCCCCAUGCUUACCGAUAUAGACAUGAUAGUCAAGAUGGGAAAAUCCAGCCUGUCAAAAGAUCUCAGCAUCUUUCACAAGUCUUUCAAAGGAGGUAAAAGCAAAAUGGUAGCCACAACUAAGCCUUCAGAUCCAUGCCUUAAGGGAAAGGGCCAGUGGAAAGCACCUUAUUCUCCAAUGAGGUCAGAAAUCAGCAGCUAUUCUAACAACACAGAUUCAGAAGAGGACGAUUCCCUGAAGGAUGGCUGGCCUCCCAGCUCCAUGUUGGGGAGAACAGGGUCACGUCCACAGCUCCUCGGCCUGUGCAGCACUCCAUCCAAGAAAAAGCGCUCAUCGUCCAAGAGAGCCUCUUCAUCACUCAAGUCCAAGCAGGCGGCCAAAGAGAGGAAACAUAAGCACUUUGCUUUAUUGCUACAGGAGGCAGGAGUCAGCUCCUCUGAGGACUCAUUUGACCAAGAGUAUUUUACCGAACGGGAUGAUUAUGAGGAUGAUGACGACGACGACGAGGAUGAAGAUGGGUAUAAUUACGAGCUUGAUGAAAGUGACGGCCUGUGUUCGUCAUCCAUAGAAGAAAGCGGGCUGGGUCUUCUGGCUCGCUUCGCCGCCAGCGCUAUCCCGAGCCCUGUUGUCACCAGUCCGCUCUCCAUUGUCCAACUGGAGGCUAAACAGAAAGCCAAGAAGAAAGAGGAACGGCAGAGUCUUCUGGGUACAGAGUUCGAGUUUACAGAUUCCGAGAGCGAUGUUAAGACAAGAAAGAAGUUUCCGUCGCUGUUGCAUGGCAAAUGGUCGGCUCCUGAGCUCCCGCUCUUGCCACCCGUGAGCGUUAUGCGUGACGACUCCAGCCCCAGCAAGCGUGGACGCAAACCCAAGAAACCCAAGUCUCCCCGGGAGUUCAGUUUCGACCUUACCGCUGACGGGAGCGAAGACGAACAAUGGACGCGGCGGAGGAGCGAACGCAUCUUCCUCCACGAUGCUGCCCAAGCCAACCCCAUCUCCCCGUCCACCAAAACUCCUCUUCCGCUUACUCCCAAACCCGCCCGUGGCCCCAAAGCAUCCCCACAGAGCCCUAAGGAGCUGGCCAAAGGCAAGGAAGCGAGAGACCCCAACAAGAAGAAGAGGGUUAAGGAGACCCCCCUGUGUCUGCCCCCACCCCAGCUCUCCAGCACACCCUCUGAUGGCACCGGAGCUCUCCCUGUCAGCCCAGGGCGCAAGAGCAAGGUGAAGCCCAAAGCCAGAGAGCAGGCUCGAGGGAAGGGCGGUGCUGUCAGCAAACUGAUGGAAAGUAUGGCUGCUGAUGAGGACUUUGAGCCCAACCAGGACAGCAGCUUCUCCGAGGAUGAGAAUCCCCCUGUGAGCGCUCAGCCCGAAAGACCCUGCACCCCCACCCCUCGGAACUGUGUCAUUAACAAAGAUGAACUGCAGGAUGGAUUACGGGUCCUCAUCCCUAUGGAUGACAAACUACUGUAUGCCGGCCACGUCAGCACUGUUCACUCUCCUGACAUAUACAGUGUGGUGGUGGAGGGCGAGAGGGGGAACAGGCCACAUAUCUACUGCCUGGAGCAGCUGCUACAGGAGGCGAUUAUUGAUGUGAAACCCCCCUCCGUUAGAUACCUUCCCCAGGGGACCCGGAUUGCAGCCUACUGGAGCCAGCAGUACCGUUGCCUCUAUCCUGGCACGGUCGUCAGAGGGAGCCCGGACAUGGAAGACGUGGACGAUUUGAUUACAGUGGAGUUUGAUGAUGGAGACACUGGCCGGAUCCCGCUCUCUCAUAUUAGGCUGCUGCCGGCGGACUACAAGAUUCAGUGUGCAGAACCGUCCCCUGCGCUCCUUGUGGCUAGCACCAAAAGGCGAGGAAGGAAGUGCAGUAAGGAUGUACCUGAUGGUAAAGAGACACCACCCAAAAACACAGAGGAGUCUGCUCCGAAAAGCAGGGGCCGAGGAAGAAAACCCAAACCCAAGCCAGAGCCUGAAGUCGCCCCAAAGGAGCAUGAAAAGCCUGACACACCAACCCCAACGCAGGUCCCCGAGAGGCUCCUGUCCGGCCAGAAAAGCGGCCCACGGCCAGGUAGAAAAAUUAAGCAAGUCGGCACAGCCAGCCCCUCCAUCCCCGUAUCUAAUGAAAGCCAGAAGAAAACCACAGGAAUCAAGCCCCCAGCCAAAGUGCAUUCCCAGCCCCAGUCUCUCUACUCGCCGCUGCUCUAUGGAAAAGUUCUGUCUGUGGAUCUCUAUAAUGAGCCCUCCACUUCUCUGGCCUCCUUUAUAUCCAACAAUGAGACUGCGAGUCCCGCGGGGAAAGGAAAGCCGGUCAAACGCUUGCGAAAGCCUGAGGAGGAGGCAUCUGGGUUUGGUGUGAAAACACAACGCAAGCAACCGCAGACUGAGAUCCUUAUCAAACUGGACCAUGAGGGAGUCAUGUCACCCAAAACCAAGAAGACCAAAGCCCUCAUGAUGAUGAAGGGCCAAAACCUCUCCAAAAGAGAGAAUAAGUCUGUCAUGGGUGUCAGCUACACUACAAUAUCCACUGCAGACAAAACACUGAAAGCUAAAAACAAGCCGAGUGAGGCAGACCCUCCUACUACAGAGAGCGUGUCCACCUACAGUGUUCGUAAGCUUGGCAGUGGAAGUGAGAGUCUGAUGAAGGUGAGCAAAUCAGGGGAGAAGGACAAGAAGGAACUGGAGUGUCCCAACUGCAGUAGCAGCAGCAGCAGCUCAGAGUCUGAGGGAGAAGAGGAGCGAGGGGCCUCGCUGGAAAAGAAACCCAAACAAGACUCGACCAGCUCCAACAGCUCGCGGGCAACAAGUCCCACCUCUUCCAGCUCAUCCACAAGCAGUUCCUCAUCCUCAGUUGGUUCUCACUCCUCCUCCUCCUCCUCAUCGUCCUCCACCACCAGUGAUGAAGAAUCCUCCUGUAGCUCAGAUGAAGAACCGGUUGCAGUUUCUCAACCAUCCCCAGCCGCAGAGCAUGUACCACCUCAAGAGGAGGAAGACGAGAAGGCCAAGUCAAAAACGGGGCCUGCUGCCAACAUCCAGAAGCUCCAGAAGCAGCAGGCAUCUGCCACACAGCAGCAGCAGGAGCCCCAGAGACAGCAGAAGGUGAAGCAGGGAGUCGGUCGCCCCAAAAGACGAGAGGGAAUCCACCUCCCAACUACUAAGGAACUGGCAAAAAGACAGAGGCUACCCUCCGUCGAGAACAGGCCCAAGAUCUCCGCUUUCCUUCCUGCCAGACAGCUGUGGAAGUGGUUUGGAAAGCCUACUCAAAGGCGGGGAAUGAAAGGGAAGGCGAAGAAGCUUUUCUACAAAGCCAUAAUGCGUGGGAAGGAAAUGAUCCGUAUUGGAGACUGUGCCGUGUUCCUGUCUGCUGGACGACCCAACCUCCCCUUCAUUGGACACAUCCAGAGCAUGUGGGAGUCCUGGGGAAACAACAUGGUGGUCCGUGUCAAAUGGUUCUAUCAUCCUGAGGAAACCAACCCUGGAAAGAAGCUUCAUGACAAAAAGAACUGGGAUCAAAUGUCUGGCCAAAGUCUUCCUGCUGUUCUGCAGGCUUCCAACCAGAGAAAAGACUUCAUGGAGCGGGCCCUCUACCAGUCCUCUCACAUUGAUGAGAAUGACGUCCAGACCAUUUCUCAUAAAUGUCUGGUGGUCAGCCUUGAGCAAUAUGAGCAGAUGAUUAAAACUAAGAAGUACCAAGACAGCGAAGACCUCUACUACCUGGCUGGCACUUAUGAGCCCACCACGGGAAUGAUAUUCAACACUGAUGGGGUUCCUGUAAUCUGCUGAGGAUCAACAAAUGAGGCGCGUGGAACCAAACGAAUGAGAUACAAGGACUAGACAGAUGUGUUGGCUUCACCCAAAGCCUGACUAAUCAGACGAGUACAGAAAAUGUCCUGACAAAGACACAAGCAUCCAUGAGAUGAGAGACCACUUCAACAGAUGCCCAUCAUUUCAAACACGAUGGUGACGGUAUUGUCAAAUUGCGCUAGAUUUUAAGUGUUUGGUCUGUUAAUGGAGUACUCCGUUUCAUGAUUGUGGUGGACAAAUUAUGUUCUCGGGAAUCUCCAGUUGAAGAGAAAAACAUGGUAAAGAAAGUGAAAGCGUGUCAAAAAUGUCUCUAAGGUCAACUGCAUCUGCACCGCUGAGCCCUGUUUGCCUCAGCCAUCACACUUCUGCAGGACUCAUUCUCCGGGUGAGAAGGCCUGCUUGGAACCAGCUUCUUUGGCCGUGGGACCAACAACGGAAAGAGUAAUUAAAGCUGACAGGCCAUGUCACACUUCUGCCCAGAGAGUCGUCCCCACCACACGCUCCGCUGUCCAGUUACUACUGGUAGCUUCAAGGGCUGGCUAAUGAACUCAGACGGGUAAAACGAUAGCAGACGUAAAGCUGCGGCCCAUGUGAGAAGCACUUAAAAGAAAGGACUGAACUGUGGUCUGCGAGCCUGCAAGGACUGUUUAUUAAUAGGAAAGUGUGAGUCACUUUUACACCGAAUGGCCCAGAAGAUCUAUCAGAAUAUUUAUAUACGAUCCUAUGCCCUCAGCCGCGGCGGCAGAAAGGUUUCUUUUUACGAGGCAAGGGCUCUCCUGGGACGGAAACAGAUGUAGAUGAUGCCCGUUUGUAAAUACAUGCAUACAAGCUAUAUAGGAUAUGAACAAAUAUAUUUUAUUUUCGUGUACCAUAGAUUUAUGUGACAGUAAUUUUUUUAAAGCAUCAAAAGAUAAAAAAAAAAAGCUUUAAUAAACUGUGAAUAAUGUUUAAAAUGUUAACAAAUAUCAGGAACUAGUUUUAGAGUACAGAUCUUGUAAGUCGUUACUGGAAUCUCAGAUGCCCACUACAUUGACGACGUAAUGUAAUCUUGAUAUCAAAACUACUAUUACAGGACAAAUGGUUCAUGGGAUUUGACAGUGUUCGAAGCCAGUUGUCCCAUAAUGCCGUUUUACAACAGAAAGCACUUAAAUUCUGCCCUUGGUCUUACACAGGACAGACUUCCCUUGACAAUCCUCUGUUCAGGUGGACGUGAAGCGCUUUGCGGGAAAACCAUUUUAGUUCUCUCAUUGGUUCUCAGGGUCAGUGAGAGAUGGAGAAUGAGAGUUUAAAAGCACCAUAUAAUCAGGCUACGCUUGCUAAUCAUGUCUAUUUUACUCGGCUUUCUCUUUUUUUCUGGAACUAUCCCCCACAGAAAGCAAUUACAUCUCAUGCAUGAAAGCACUUUCUUCGAAUAAACAAAUAGUAGCAGUGCAGGUGACGUUAUCUGUUAGCGCUGAAAGUCGAAAGCGGAGUUGUUUUUUUGCCUUUCUCACGUCUACGUUUUUCUCCAUCGACUUUUAUUCCAAGCCGUUUUCUGGUUCGUUCUUAAUAGCCUUAACCUUGGUCCCUAAAAGCUGCCGUGUACCGGCAGAAUCAAAGUCUGAAUGUUGUCUUUGAAAAUAGGUCCUUCUGAUUGAUAUUGUGUUCCAGAGAAAGUGCCAUCAGUCAUCAGAGGCAGUUAGGACCAGGCUAUGUAUUCGCUGCUUCUCUAAUCAAGACCAGUCAAAUGUAUUUGAUUUAUGGCAUGCAUCCUUACAUGGAUGAAGAGACUAGCAAACACCUUAUUUGCGUAAUUGUAAUUAUGGUUCUUAUUUGUGCCUCAUUUUUACGGUUCAGAGGAGGUAUGAAUGUCUUUGUCUUUUUAAAGGUUGGGCACGUGUUGUUUGAUGCUGGAAGGAAACUGUUCUUAAACGUUUUUCAUGUCUAUGUGUACAAAAACCAUUAGAUGAUCUGUACUGAUCUUUUUUUAAACAAUUAUGGUUACCAAGAUAUAUAGAAAAGAUUAGGUUAGAGGCUACUUUUUGUUGUUGUUGUUGUUGUCUGCAGUUGCCCAGCCAAAUUGUUUUCUACCUCCCACCUUGGUUCAACGUUUCAUGUUUUUGUUUGAUAUUUUCUCUUGGUGGUAUUUUUAUACUUGUGAAAGAAAUGUCACUGCAUGUGGGCUUUUAAACCAUUGCCUGUUUUUUAAUUCUUUCGCCAUGAUGAAUACCCUGAUAUCUCUGUGAAUGAUGUUCAGUAGAUACUUAUUGGUUCUUUCUGUUGUUUUUGAUUUUCCCCCCCGUUUUUAGAGGGAGAAUAGUGAGAUCAAGAAGGGUAUGGACACUAGAGACUUCCAGUCUUUGCGAUUGGAAAAUAUUUGGCCUACUCAGUAUUUUGAAAAUUUCUUUAUAUUAUAGAAAUGUUGACACUAUUACGAAUUGUAGAACCUUCUGAAAUAUAUAUUUUUUUUGUGUACGUUUCAUAUUACAUUGCCCCGGUCUCUCUUAAAGAGAUAUUAUCUUGUUGAUAUUCAAUAGGUUGUAUUUCUUAACAUGUUUUAUCAUUGUAUGUGUGGUCUUGAGGCUUAAAAGGAUAUUCAGCCUAUUUCGGUUCGGACUGUUUUUCUAAGUCACCUAAUUUGGUUGAGGAUUUUACACACACCCAAAGCUAAUUCAAAUGCCAAAUGAUCUUCGAAUGCACAGUGAAUCUAAAGCAACAGUAAGCAAGCUCUUUUUUUGUUUGACACAAUCUUUUAAAAACAGAUCCGUGUUGAAUAUUUUUGCCUGUUUAGUGAGUUGUACAAUUUAAGUGCCCCUCAAAACAAACGUUUACUCGGAGCUUGAGUCAAGCUGAAAGCACUUUUUAGAGUAUUUUUGUCUGCAUGUUUUAGAAAUCGCAUAUAUGCUUCUAGGAAUAAUAUUAGAGCAAUCAACAAAAGUAUAUUUUGCUUAUUGUGACGUAGUGUAACGUGAAUGGAGGUCACUGAAUGAGACGGUGGCCUCUGCUGGUAGCAGUCAUGUGGGAUGAAGCGCUGAAGUCCUCUGCUACUCGUCCAGGGUCCGUUUGAGUGUAUCUUAUAAUGUAUACGGUUUAACUGGCUUAUUAGAAAACAGUGUAUAGCCGAGUAGAAGCAUUAUAGAGUUCACUGUUUGCAUGAUUCUGUUCAACUUUUUUUUCUUUUCGUUUCUUUCUUUAUGACAUUCCCCCUCUCGGAACAAUCGUCCUCCUUGCUUAAUGUGCAAUACUGCUGAAUUUGGAUUCUGUGAGGUAGCUGCUAGUGAGGGAAGGAACGUGUUCAUUAAUGUGGGAGAUGAGAGAGAGAAAGUUAGUGUGGACUGGAGGCUGGUCCUUCACUAGUCUUCAUCUGCUGGUCCUUCAGCAUUGAUAUGGUCCUGUUACGAAAUAAAUAUAAUAAUAAAAAUUUAAAAAGCUAUAGUUUUGAAAUUAUUUGAAAUUUUAAAAGCAUCAAGGUUUUGUAAAUGAUCCUUUAUGAGAGGGGGAGAUGAGUAUGGAUAUACUUUGUACACACAUUUAAUCUUGUAAAAAGCAAAAUUACAAAAUACAUUUUGUAAACAUUGAAACCGAUAUUAAAGAGUGCUGUUGACUUGUGUGAGAAUUUAUGGAAUUGGAUUUUUUUUUUUUUUUUUUUUUUUAACAGACGCAACCAGCAUUAUCAGUGUUUUUCAAUUCUUUUGGUAUCAGUAUUUUCUAGUUAAUCAAUAAACGUCAUGAAAUGGAA